UUUUCUUCCUUACUUUAUGAAAUCGCACCAAUAUGAAAAAAAAAAUUGCUUACACGGAGAGACAAAAAGACUGUCCAAUAGCUCCAUUGUUUCAUUUAGCGAAGUCAUUAAAAAAAUUUAUCUUGGAAUGUUAACCUGGAAAAAGUUGAUGUGAUCCACUGUUUUGAUCACGUUCAUUUCCCCCAAUGGCCCAAUUUUAUAUUGACGAGGCUUCCUUGACUUUCUACGCCGCCCUCACGAAAGCUUGUCUCAUUCCACACUUCACCGUUUUUACACAAAACAUCUCAACCACCGACUCAACAAUCAAGUGGACCCCACCCUAUUUUCUGUCAAUCAGAGCCGUUCAUUUAUUCCAUAUCAAACUUUUCCAACACUUUCAGCACAAAGCAUGUAGCAGUCAAAAGCGAGAUUUAGAAGAAAAUACGAAGGAAACCUCCCAUGAACUCUCUUGGAAACGCACCCACUUUGCUUUUAUAUAUAGUUUUUGGAGCCCAAAGGCAGCCAAGACCAGGGCUCAUAAAAAUGAGAAGCAAAAAUCUAAUGGCAAACUUGAGAAGAUCAUCAAAGGAUGUAGCAGGUGGGCGAUCCAAGCCAAAUGAAGGAUGCAAAAGACACCCAAAGCACAGGCAAUCGCCAGGGGUUUGUUCACUUUGUUUAGGAGAGAAACUCUCUCAGUUAUCAGCUAAUAGCUCACGACGUUGUACUACAAUUACAGUUGCUUCUUCUAAUUGUUCUUCUUCUUCUUCUUUGUCAUCUUAUUAUUCUUCAGCUUCUUCUUCUUCUUCUUCUUCCUCUCCCAUGCAUCGUUAUUGUUUUCCUACAGAAGGAAAGGGUACAUCCUUUUCUUUGUUAUUGUUCAGUGGUAAAAACAUACUCACUAAGAGCAGAUCAGUAGCUUUUGCUUCGAGAAUGAGAAUAAAAGAAGGUGAUGAUAAGAAGAAGGAAAGUGGGCUCUUGUCAAAGCUGCUUCAUUCAAGAAAUAAUAAGAGGGAGAAGGAAGCCACUGGUUUAGAACACUUUAGGACUAUGAGAGAGACUUUGAUCUCCAGGGUUCAUUAAUGGUGGUUUUCUUGGAUUUUAUUUCUUUCAUUUUUUUUCAUACAUCAGUUUCCUUGAUAGAUUAGAGUUCAGCUAGCUUUUAAAUUUGCAAAAACAGAAGAAAAACAAAAGAUUAUAUAUAUUAAGAAGAAUUUCAUGUUAAAUGUAUUGUGCAUAUAUCGAUCCUUGUCUUUUGAUUCUAAGCAGAAGAUCGAUUCCUUGUUUCUGUCUGUUCCUGCUGAUAAUUAUAAUGUAUUGUACUUUCAGAAACAUUUACUGUACGAAAUUAUUUUAUCCUUUUGUGAUUCCUUGUGACGGAAUGGGGAGGAAAAGAUAAUUAGGUUUAUUGUUGCCAUGUGCUUGCGGCUUGUGAAGGAAAACGUUGUUUUAUUUUGUUUAGUGUAAAAAAUAAAUGACAAAAGCUCCAUAUAUCACAACAAAAACAUUCUGGCAAAACCUGGUCUGAUGAAUCAGUGGCACAACCUGUGGGCUGAUGCCCCCUCUUCAUCCAAGAAAUUUCUUGAGUUUGCCAAAAUUCAAAGAUUCAAGCUACUUCAACCAUACAUAGUUGUACAGUUGUACUUUUGAUUUAUGUUUCAGGACCUACUGCCUUAUCAAAAUCAAAACCACAGAUCUCAUGC